AUGGAUCAUAACCAUUUCCCUAUUCUCUGCUACCUCUUAAACCACCUACACCCUCAAACAUAUCCACCUCUUCCACAACACCUUCAUCAAAAUCUAUUAACCCGUUUCCCUCAUUUCAACAACCCCAAACUCUUACCUUCACUCACCAACCUCGUUUCCAAUCUCAACAUCACACACACUCUGUCUUUUCUCAACACCCUCGGUCCACGUCCUGAUCCUUCUUCCAUCGCUGCUUCACGUGCCAAAGUCGCCGAAACCGAUGCCAACGUGGCAGUUUAUCAGGCUUUGUUGAGAGUAGACGAUAUGCACGAGGAGUGUGUGAAGCAGUUGAGGGUUGCUGAGGAGAAGUUGGUGGAAGCUUAUGAGUUGUUUGUGGAGAAGUCGGUGAAAGGAGUUGAUGAAGUGAAUGAAAAAAUUGUUGGAAUAUUGAGGAAAGUUGAAGAGGGUGAGAUUGUUGAGAAAGUUGAUCUUUCUGGGAUGAAGUUGAGGAUUUUUCCUGAGGCGUUUGGGAAGAUGAAGAGUUUACUUGUUCUUAAUUUGUCUCAUAAUCAGUUAAAGGUGAUUCCAGAUUCAAUAGCAGGCCUAAAAAAGCUUGAAGAACUUGAUGUUUCAUCAAACCUUUUAGAGUCUCUACCAGACUGCAUUGGAUUGCUAACCAAUCUAAAAAUCCUUAAUCUGUCAGGAAACAAGCUAACUGCUCUUCCUGAAUCCAUUUCUCUUUGCAGGUCACUAGUUGAACUGGAUGCAAGCUUUAACAACUUAAUUUGUCUGCCAACCAAUAUUGCUUACGGACUCAUUAACCUUGAGAAGCUCUUGAUCCAUUUGAAUAAGAUUCGGUUUCUUCCUCUAUCCAUUGGAGAAAUGAAAUCUCUGAGAUAUCUUGAUGUUCAUUUCAACGAGCUUCAUGGCCUACCUCAAUCUACUGGGAAACUAGCAAACCUUGAAUAUCUAAACAUCAGUAGUAAUUUCAACGACAUGACGCAGCUUCCCGAAACAGUUGGUGGUUUGAGUAACUUGGUGGAGCUAGACAUGAGCAAUAACCAGAUCCGAGCUCUUCCUUGCGCGUUUUGCAGGCUGUGUAAACUAACAAAAUUGAACCUGGACCAGAAUCCGAUUGUUGUUCCACCUAUAGAGGUUGUAAAUCAAGGAGCUGAGGCUAUCAAGGAGUUCCUGGCUAAGCGGUGGCUUGAAAUCAUUGACGAAGAGCGACUGAGAAACAUGGCUGAAACACAAAAUCGACAAGUAGAGACAGGAUGGUUGGUGUGGGGAGCCUCAUUGUUGAAUAAUGUUGCUGUGGUUUCUGAGAGUGUUGCAGAAUAUUUGGGAGUUAGAAAAGCUACUACAGAUAUGAAUGGAUCAACGGCUGAGACCCAUGAAUUACUAACCCAGACACGAAACUAA